AUGUCAUUAAAAAAUUUGCAGGCGGGCUUUAUAAAGCAAACUAUCUCUGCAAAAAUUGAAUCUACUAGCAAUUUGCAUGAGCAAUUAAUGAGAAUUGCUAUUAAAGAUUCGAAUGGCUCAAAGGCUAAUAUUAUUCUCGAAGGGGAAUUAUUUGCAAAAUGCUUUGAACGCAUUCGGAAAGAUACAAGCAUAAAAGUUUCUGAUUUCGUUAUCAGCACUGAUUACUCACAAGUAAGCCAGUAUUUCCCAGAUUUUAUUCAUGGCCCAAACAUCACAAAUCACGGCUCUGAUUUUCAAUGAUUUAUUCAUAUCACUGAUGGCCAAAUUCCAUCUCUCGAAUUAUCAUAUAAAUCAAAUACUUUACAAAUUGACGAACACACAAAUUUAAAUAAAAUUUCUAUUGAAGAUCUUUACAAAGUCAAGAUUCCACAUUUUGAUCCAAAAUCUCCUAAAUUUUGCAAUCUUAAGUAUAUAAUAGAACACUCAAAUGAAAGCGGAUUUUAUGCGAAUUGCUAUGGGACAAUACUUCAUUCAACCAGUUCAUAUAAUAUUUCGCAUAUAAAAGAUUUUAUUGCAAUGAUCCAAAUCACCGAUUUAUCAAUUUACCCUGAAAGUAUUGAUGUCACCAUUUUUCAUCAUAGCCCCCGAGAAAUGAUUAAAAUUCGUGCUUUAGGAGAUAUAGUCUAUUUACAUCAAUGCCAAUUUAGAUGCAAAAAUGGAGAGGUGAGCGGGAGAUUGUCUGCUGGAAGAAGUUCUUCAAAGUGAUUUGUUUUUGAUCUGGAAAAUAGCCAUUCAAAUCCGUAUGGAAGCUAUAAAAGUAUUUUUAAACCAGAUAAGGACCAUGAAAUCAUUAUGAAAAACGUGAGAGAAUGGACUAUAGGCACUUUUGCGAACAAUAAUCCUUUAGGAAGAAACUCAAAAAGAUUAAGCAUGAUUAAUAAAAAUGAAGAAGCUAAUAUAGUUUUUAGAGUGUAUGGAAUUUACAAAAUGGGCAUACGAGAAAAUAGCCCAUCAGCGCUAGUUGGAUAUGACCAAGCAUCAAUAUGUCAAGCCAUAAUUCAAAAAUCAGAAGAAAAUGCUUAUAAAUACAUAAAAAAUUCUGACACUAUGCAAAUCACAAAUGCAAUCUUUGAAAAUGGAAGAAUUUUUCUCACAAAGCAGUCUGACAUUCUAAUCAUCCCAGAAUUCAUGAACAGCAAUAAAAUUCCUUUAAUCCCUGAAAAAUCUAAAGAAUUAAAUGCCAUUUUAAAAGGAUACAUGCCAAGUUAUCAGAUAAUUAAAAGAUCUCAAAUAAAUCCUUCUCUAUACUCAUUUCCUAUGUAUUCCUACGAAAGGUUAAAACAUAUUGAUAUGAAUGCUAAAUGUCGAGUUCAAGGAUUUAUUAUUAAAAUCCUGCCUGAAAAUCCUUGAGAAGCUGAAGGGAUGUACUGUAGCACAUGCAAAGCGAAAACUUGCUUCCAGUUUUGUCAAUGUGGAGAUGAAACAGAAAUAAAAUGCAAAUUUGAAAUUUUCUUAUGGGAUGGAAGUGAAAAUGUAAAAAGUGUGAUUCGGCUGAUUCUUAAUGAAGAAGAUUGCUCUCAAUUUAUUGGGUCUAUGGGAUGGGAAAAUUUGAAAAAGUUAUUAUUAAGCUAUGAAUCUCUUUUUGAAUUUGGAAUAGAAGUGGCGCCUGAUGGGUUCAGAAUUAUUGACACAAAAAUUAUUUCAAAUUAA